AUGGCGUUCAUGGUGCAGCGGUCCACCAUGGUGAGGCCGGCGAGGGAUAAGCCGCGGACUCGGCUAUGGAACUCCCACCUCGACCUGCUGGUGCCGCGCUUCCACACGCCCAGCGUCUACUUCUACCGCCACUCCUUCCUUGAGGGCGAGAGCUUCUUCGACGGCGAGCGGAUGCGGUGGGCGCUGGCGGAGGCGCUCGUCACCUUCUACCCGAUGGCCGGGCGCCUAGCGCGGGACAAGGAUGGGAGGGUCGAGAUUGACUGCAACGCGGAGGGCGUGCUGUUUGUCGAGGCCGACGCGCCCGACACUACCGUUGACAACUAUGGCAACUUUGCGCCCACAAUGGAGCUCAAGCGCCUAAUCCCCGCCGUCGACUACACGGACGAAAUAUCCUUCCCGCUCGUCGUGCUCCAGGUGAGCCCAUUCUGUAAUGGCAGUUACAGUUACUACAGUGAGCUCCAGGUGGUCCUCAGUCAGGGUGGACACGGUCCCGGCCGGUCCGUUCCCGAUCCGAGCCAUCGUUGGACCGGCCGCCGGCAGUCCGGGCCGGACUGGACCGAGCAGGCCAGCGGUCCUCUUUUCAGGGACCGGACCGGCGAGGCAAAAGCCUAG